CAGACAGCCCAAUCAUCCGCUUUCUUAGGCCACGAGACGCGCAUCUCCGAUCACGUGACCACGCCGUCUACCCACGUGGGGGAACGGUGUGCUCUACUCUUUGUGCUCGGGUAAGGAGGAGCCAGGUUGGGGCCGGAGCCCGGCAGAUACCGGGUUGCUGUUUUGCUCAUGAGAAGGCCUUCGUUGGCGGCGUGACCGGCCUGCCUGAGUUGGGAUUAAUUAAGGUCCUCAGUUGGCGGGAGGGCAGAUCUCGCGCAAGGCACUACGACACGAUCUAAAAAUACUGUUUCGGUGGGCAACGUGGUACAGGUGCUGGAGGGCCUUCGUUACAGGGAUGCCUAAGCGCGGGAAAAAGGGAGCCGUGGCAGAAGACGGGGAAGAACCUAAGACGGAGCCAGAGGCCAAGAAGAGUAAGAUGGGAGCAAAGAAAAACGACAAAGAGGCAGCAGGAGAGGGCCCAGUCCUGUAUGAGGAUCCCCCAGAUAAGAAAACCUCACCCAGUGGCAAAACUGCCACACUUAAGAUCUGCUCUUGGAAUGUGGAUGGCCUUCGAGCCUGGAUUAAGAAGAAAGGAUUAGAUUGGGUAAAGGAAGAAGCCCCAGAUAUCCUCUGCCUCCAAGAGACCAAGUGUUCAGAGAACAAACUACCACCUGAACUUCAAGAGCUAUCUGGACUAUCCCAUCAGUACUGGUCUGCUCCUUCGGACAAGGAAGGGUACAGUGGUGUGGGCCUACUUUCCCGCCAGUGCCCACUCAAAGUUUCUUAUGGCAUUGGUGAGGAUGAGCAUGAUCAAGAAGGCCGGGUGAUAGUGGCUGAAUAUGAAACGUUUGUGCUGGUAACAGCCUAUGUACCUAAUGCAGGCCGUGGUCUGGUACGCCUGGAGUACCGGCAGCGCUGGGAUGAAGCCUUUCGCAAGUUCCUGAAGGGUUUGGCUUCCCGGAAGCCCGUUGUGCUGUGUGGAGACCUCAAUGUGGCUCAUGAAGAAAUUGAUCUUCGCAACCCCAAGGGAAACAAAAAGAAUGCUGGCUUCACGCCACAGGAGCGCCAAGGCUUUGGGGAACUGCUGCAGGCUGUGCCACUGGCUGACAGCUUUCGGCACCUGUACCCCAACACAGCCUAUGCCUACACCUUUUGGACGUAUAUGAUGAAUGCUCGAUCUAAGAAUGUUGGUUGGCGCCUUGAUUAUUUUUUGUUGUCCCACUCUCUGUUACCUGCGUUGUGUGACAGCAAGAUUCGUUCCAAGGCCCUGGGCAGUGACCACUGUCCUAUCACCCUAUACCUAGCACUGUGAUACCUCUCCCAAAUCACUUUGGGUCUGGGAAAUAAGCCCCCUAAACUAUCAUUACUUUAAAUACUCUUUAGAAAAAUCUGCAUUGUAUUUCUCAUCUAGAAAAAUAUGAAUCCUCUAGGCUCCUGUGACAGACUUAGGUUUCUUUUAAGCCCAAGGAUUUUGUUUUGUGGGGUUUUUCUUUCUCCUUAAAAAAAAACUGAACAAAGGCUACUGACUUGUCCACAUGAAAAUAAAAAGCCAUAGUUUCAGC